UGUCUCGCUGAAUUUCGUGCUGCGACUACCUCCGAACCAGAGACCGCCAAGAUUUUGUUGACGUAGCUAGAGCGAGUGAAAAAAGGGAACGGAAGCACGGAGGCAAAAAUGUCGCCGGUAAAGCCGUAAUUCAGCGAGCUUCGUAGGAGGGAAGCAGCGGAAGUCGCGCGCAAACCGAGUCGGGCCGGGCCGGACGAAGAAAAUGGCGUCCACCAGCGGGCACAAGAGGAACGGCUCGAGUUCGAGCAUGUUCGCCCACAAGCGCACCGAGUCCGGCGGCGGUUUCAUCGGCCACAAACGCUCGGAGAGCGGUCACAAACGGGCCGAGAGCAUAUCCAGUGCCUUUGGCCACAAACGAUCCGAAAGUGGCCACAAGAGGAACGAGAGCGGCGGCGGUUUCGGGCACAAAAGGUCCGAGUCUGGCAGCAAUUACCAUGCCGGGCAUCGAAGGAACGAGAGCAUGUACGCCAUGACGGGGCUGUACGCGGAGACCGCGGGAACGGUCGCCGACGAAGCCACAGACCCGUUGCAGGCAACCGGCAGCAGACUGACUCACGACACCGUCAUCAGGUGUCACAGUAGGAAUCCCAGUUCUGGCCUCGUGGACCAUAGAGAUUUUAUCAUCAAAUGUCACAGCAGGAAUCCCAGUGCUUCCAUGGUGGACAGGACGGAGAAGGAGAGGCCGCAGACACCGCCGUUUAAUCCGGACUCGAAGGACUGCGGGAUCCUGAGCUGCAGACCGGCCUUUAUACAGAGAUUCGCCGGAAUAAAGGUGUUUGUGUUCCUCCUAUCGUUUCUCGUCACGUUGCAACAGGCACUUAGUUCAGGUUACAUAAAUUCUGUGAUCACAACCAUAGAGAAAAGGUUCGAAAUCCCGUCCAGUCUGUCCGGCGUCAUCGCGAGCUCUUACGAGAUCGGGAACGUCAUUACCGUCAUCUUCGUCAGCUACCUCGGCAGCCGCCGACACAUACCAGUUUGGAUUGCGAUUGGCGCCGUAAUAAUGGGACUCGGAUCGAUGAUCUUUAUGGUGCCGCACUUCACGGCCGAGCCUAAUUUGAUGACGGCUGCGAACAACUCCAGCUCUGACAACAUUUGCCGGGGCGUAUCCUUGCGUGAACAGGACAUGGGACUUGGUCGCUUGUCGUCCGGAUUAUCAUCUCCUCCGCUGGCACCACACAACAAUUUAAGAGGCGAUAAUUGCAUUCAAGGAUCCCCAUCCACUGCUGGCCCUGUUAUGUUAUUUGUACUUGCUCAGUUAUUAUUAGGCUGCGGUGGUUCCCCUCUGUUUACUCUUGGUACCACUUACAUAGACGAUCAUGUUCGUCCGGAGAGUGCUUCUUUAUAUAUCGGUUGUAUGUACAGCAUGGCAGCAUUCGGACCGGUAUUGGGUUUCCUUCUCGGAGCUUACUUACUAUCAUUUCACAUGGAUUCCUUUUCCGGGACUAUUAUCAGCAUAGAUCCAGGCGACCACAGAUGGGUCGGCAUGUGGUGGGGUGGAUUUCUGCUUUGCGGUCUGCUCUUAAUCUUGGUCGCGAUCCCGUUCUUCAGUUUCCCGAAAACGUUGCAACGCGAGAAAGAGAAGAUACGCAUUAUCGAGAAGAAUAAAUCGUCGUCGCAGAAAGAAAAAGAGCAGUGCAAAGAACCGAAGAAGGAGAAGCUGGACGACAGCGGUUACGGAAAGGACGUGAAAGAUAUACCAAGGAGCAUGUGGAGGCUGAUGUGCAAUCCGGUGUACGUGGUGACCUGUCUGGGCGCCUGCAUGGAGCUGGUGAUCGUUUCCGGUUUCGUGGUAUUCCUGCCGAAGUACCUCGAGACGCAAUUCAGCCUGGGUAAGAGCCAGGCGAGCGUGUUCACCGGCUCGAUAGCGAUACCUGGCGCCUGCAUCGGCAUCUUCUUCGGCGGAUGUUUGCUCAAACGUUUAGAAUUAAGACCGAAGGGCGCGGUCCAGUUCGUCCUCGUCUCAAACAUCAUAUGCCUGGUCUGCUACGGCCUCCUGUUUUUCCUCGGCUGUGACAACGUGAAAAUGGCUGGGACCACUAUUCCGUACUUUAACAGCAGCACGAAGGGCCCCGAGCCCUUCCAAGUAAACCUCACUGCCGCAUGCAACUUCGGUUGCGAGUGUCGAAUGACGGACGUCGAGCCUGUCUGUGGAAACAACGGUCUGACCUACUUCAGUCCUUGUCAUGCGGGUUGCACUGCCUUCAGCUCGAAAUCGAAUUUCACUAACUGUGCAUGUAUACACGGAAACCUAACAAUGUUGCCGCCAGCAGCUCCGGAAUUUGCGGAAGUGACAGUGGUGCCGGUAGCAACUGCUGGCCCAUGUACUUCACCGUGCAGGACUAUAUUUCCUUUCUUAAUAUUACUUUUCUUUAUGACCUUCAUCGUCGCUAUCACGCAGAUGCCAUUACUGAUGAUAGUGUUAAGGUCGGUCUCCGAAGAGGAGAGAUCGUUCGCGUUGGGCAUGCAGUUUGUAAUCUUUCGACUGUUCGGUUAUAUACCAGCUCCUAUUUUAUUCGGUAACUUAAUCGACUCCACGUGCUUGCUUUGGAAAAGCACCUGCGGGGAGAAAGGCGGCCGAUGUCUGCUCUACGACAUCGAACAAUUUAGAUACAGAUAUGUCGGCCUCUGUGCCGGCAUUAAGAUUUUAGCUUUGGCGCUGUUCCUCAUCGACUGGUGGCUGGUCAGAAGGAGAAGACAGCUGGAGGAUCAAGCGCCAUCUUUCACUGUGAAUGAAUUCGUAGGGUCAAUUAUCAGUCUUGACAAAUUGUUCGAAGAGAAACCGCACCACCACAUGGUGGAGGACGGCACAAUUCCGAAUUCGGAGACGGCCACGCCGUCUUCGGUGUCUUCGCCCACGGAGCCCACGAAGUCGACGAACCUCGAAGAGACCGGUUCGUCGAACCAGACCCAGGACUCGACGGAAUCUGCGAACCGGUCGAAGAGCGCGAUGGACGUUGAAGUACCGGACACGAGGCAAGCCCCUCUCGCUCUCGAAGAGCCAGAUGUUGAGGUGAAACCUCUGACUGGUAAACCAAUGGAGAACCACACCAGGAACGUUUAAUGUUCGCCGCGCGUUAGAGGCUGUACAAUUGAUUCUAUAUCAAAGUGGGUGAUACACGGGGUCGAUGGCAGAUCAUUUUGUCGUCGCAGCUAGAUCGCUAACGAUUUGUGCAAUCCUAUAACGAGGGGGGUUGAAAGGGGGGGGGGGGGCUCGGCCAUGCUCCCUGGAUCAGCGCGCCGAAUGGGAUAUAUCGGUUGGUCGGGACAGAGGAGAGCCGUGGAUCCAUGUAUUUAUGGUGCUAAUAUACUUUUUUAAUGAGAUUUAACGAAGAGCGACCGUGUUUAAAUUCCGUUGGAACUAUAAGUGGAAUCAUACAUUCGUAUAUUCUUGCACACAACGGGCCGCAGGGCCCGAGGAUAUUUUUACAAUGAUUACAUUUUUGCGCGGGAUGUAUCGUUUAACCGGUACGAAAUGAUUUGCCAUGGAUCUCCAUUUAUGGUUUGGCUAUUUUUAGGAAUCUAAUAUCACUAGGGUGUACAUUUUUACGGCGAUGCGAUUACUACGGGGUGAUCCGGUCGCUCUGUUGCCGGUUUUGUCUCUUGAACAAUGCCGACGGAAUGUUUCUCAAGGACACUCUCUGUCGAAGAAGGUGAUUCAACGACGAAGUCGAGCCGCGUUCCUUCUUUUCUCUCUUCUCGCGAAAAGAGAACCGGUGUUCCAUAGAUCGACUCCCGUUUUGUUUAGCCGUAGGAUCUUUUCGUUGACCUUGAACUGUGCUUCGCGUUAAAAAAAUAGCGUUCGUAACGUAUAGGGAGCGUGUAUCGAUACCUGUUUUUUCCGUAGCGGCGAAUAAUCGAAAGCUAGACUUUUCCGUGUAAUUGCUCGUUACACGUUUAAUAUCCUAAUUAAACAGUAGGUGUUUACUAUAUCACUACUACAGUUAUACUUAUCUAGAAGAAGCGUGUAGCGUGUACACAAACGAUGUAAGAUGCGAUACAAAUACCACUCGAGAUAAGGAUCCAGUGUCGCGCGGCGCAAUCUAUGAUCAUAAUAUUUUUAAGGUGAAGAUCGACUCAAGGUAGGUCAGCAGACGCGUAUUCAUCUUGGCCGCAAACUAUUCAAGGUCACCCGAAAACGUGAAAAACCGACUUCGCGUGUCUCUUCUGGCCGGUCUUCGUCGUUGAGUCAACGCGAAAAGAAUCGUCGUCGUCGUCGUCGUCGUCGUCGUCGUUCGACAAUGAAACGGGAAAUGAAAUGGCAAACGGGCGUUGAGGAUCAUCCUGUAUAUGUCAAUAAAUAGGAACAUAAUAGGUGAACAAAGGUGGCUCGUUUCGGACACACCGUUCUAACCGGCGUUAGAACCUGAAACGCGAGAAAUUCGUGUGGUGCCCGAAACGAGUUUCGACGGAACCAGCCUUGAACGGUUUUGCGAAACAAGACGGAGGAACAAAAAAAGAAAAGUAAAGGAAGAAAGAAGAAGCAGAAGAGGAGGAGAAGGAGGAAGAGGAGGUGGUGGAGGAGGAGGAAGUAGGAUAGGAGAAAAGAAAAUAGGGAAAAGCAAAGGCCAACAAGGACAAACGUUGUAAAUAUAAAAAUUCCUGCCUUAAGAAAUACAAGACUAGACAAACGUACAUUUAAAAGAAAAAAAAAAGUAAUCGACUAAGUGAUAGAGUUAACGAUCUAUAUAAUGAAUAUCAUUGAUUGCAGAUCGAGAGCUGCGAUUUAUUUUAUAACUAGUGGUUAGGCUUUCUCAGAAAUGAAGUAGUCAAUUUAACAUAGUGAUGUAAAACACGGACGACAAAGGAUCGUAGUUGACUCGUUUGCGGAAUACGUUUUUCUUUUUUCUGUUCUCGUACCAUCGAUUGCAACGGCGUAUAUAACUGUUCCACUGUUCUCUUCGUGACUUUUUCAUUUUGUUCUCGGCUCUGUAUCUCGCUCCUCCCUCUUCUCUCUCGUCGAGAGGAGAGCGGGAUAAGACCGGAGACACUGCGCUUUUGAAACGAGCGACGCCUGAUCUCGAAUGUUUUGUUGUUUGUUUUCUUUUGUUUCUUCUCGAACGAAGAAAAAAAAGAACAAAAUCAUCAGCGACACACCACUAUUUUAAGAGCUUUUCCGAGAACUAUAGCGUGUAACCGGAAACGGAGACGAUGCUUCGGGGUGGCACGGCGGUGCCGCCUCGUGUCCUAUUACCGAAAUGAAUUCUAUGCUUCCAAGCAACGAACGAGCAGAUGGGAAAAGAAGAGGGGAAACGAAAGGGAGACUCGCGACGGUUUUUGUUAACGAAUACUAAUUAAUUACUCGGCGAAAUCAAGGGUCAAUUUGGAUUAACCCAUUUACAUCGUUGCGCGGAAUAUUCCACGAGGCGCGACGGUCGACUAUCACCAAGCGCGGAAUAUUCCGCUAGCUUACGUUGUUUUUUUUGUAUUUAGUCGGAAAAUAUCUUUUAGUUGGGACAGAUCACGUUUAAUCAUUAUGUAUUGACCACUUUAAUGAAUUUCACGAACGUUAAUUUAUUAAUAUGCUCAUUUAACUUAAAUAAAUUUAUUUUAUUAUAAAAAAUAUUUGCUUUUCCUUUUGUAUAAAAAAAUGUAAACUGCGAUAUAACACUGUAUAUCAUCGUUUAAAAAGUACAUUCUUAAUAAAGUCGAUGAAUAAUUUCGAUGCGCGUUACUGCACAUACGAUCGACCGCGCGUGGUGAUAAGAUUCACUCGUCAGUUGAACGUCGCUGAUGUUUCGAUGCGAAAGCUUAAGUAGAGCGAUGAUGCAAAUGGGUUAAACGUCACUCCGGGACUAUGUUCUGGCCUCGCGGCCGUUGUCAAUAGCUCGCUGACAAUCCGGCGAGCCGGCGGACUCGGUGGCGGAUUAUAACGGACAAAUCGCUUCUGAAAUUCAGAACCGGCGAAUUAAUUUCGAUUUGUGUUUUGCGUCGACGAAAUAAUGUAACAUAGUGAUUAAUAUCGUGACGAGAUCCGCGAUAAUCCGCCACUGGCCAGGAGUCUACUUGUUUUGUACCUGAAAGCCUGUCGUAUCAAUUUUCGAUAUUACAAAUGAAGAGUUCAACGGCGACGAAUAAAAACAAAGAUGCGUUUACGAAGAAAGCUAAUGAAAAAAAAAAUAAGGAAAGAAAGAAACUAUAUUAACUCAGGAAAAGAGAUUCUAUAAUGCACCUCUAACGUAAAUUGAUGGGAACGAUACAAAGGAACCGGGAUAAUAUGAAUAGAGAGAAUCUAUCGCUGUGGAUCUACGAAGUCUUUAUAGCCUAAGAGAAAAAAAGUGAAAUUAUUGAAUAUUGUUACUUCAGCUCAAUUUCUUUUAAACGAAAGAAGAAACAAACAAAGAUGAAGAACUACGAGAAUGAGAAUAGUAAUGGAACUUGUACAAGUGGUUUUACAGAACAAAACAAAGGGGUUAAAUGUAAUCGAUAUAUCUAUAUCUAUAUAUAGACGUUUAAACACCGUUCUUUCUUUUUUGCAUGAGCCGAUGAUUUAUACUCUGUUCCACCGAUGUCGCGCUUUCGGAUACGAAAACCGUUCCACGAAUCGUUACCACGAUUCUAGCGUUAAUUUUUACGUAAUCUCGAACAAUGUACACUUAAGCAAACAGACACGCGCGCGCACACACACAAGUAUACAGACAGGGACACACACACGCGCACACAAUACACUGUCUACAAUCAUGCACAUACAAUCACACCGUUCCGGCAAAACAUGUCACAGCAUUUACUUACGUUUGAGAAAGAAACGAACACUUAACAUAGGCUGCGGGGCUGCAGCGUUGUUCCAAAUUUCUCCAAACGAAUUUCGCACGGUGUAGGAACGAUUCAUUUUAAUUGUACAGACUCUUCUUGCUCGCUCGUUUCUCAUCGUAGAACAAAUUGUAAAUUGUCACGAGAUUGUUGCGUUCGAUUCUGUAUAGCGAGCGGUUGUAUGAUAGAUCCGCGGAGACCCCGCAGCCUACGCCUAUGUACGAUAAUCUCGCACCGCUGUUUGGCCCGUCACUGUCAAUUUUUCGAAGUGUAGUACACGCUACUAUAUUUUAGAGGCAAUUUUGAUGUUCGAACUCGGCCGGGGUGCCCUCGGGAUCCGCCGUUCCCGCCAUCCUCGAGACCGCGAUGAUCUCUCUAACUACAUAUUAUAAUGCACUUACAUAUAUAUAUACAUAUAUAUACAUAUAUACAUAUACGUGUAUAUAUAUAUAAUAUAUAUGUACACAUAUAUAUUAUACAUACAUAUAUACCUACUUUUGUGAUAUGAAUCUCUAUAGAACGGUGGACCCCGGGCGAACGCGGCCCCUGUAGAGGUUUAACUGAAUAACGAGGGGGAAAAUCAUGUGAGAGAGAGAUAAAAUAAAAUAAAAGUGCUGUGAAUAGAUGACAAAAGAAAAAAAAAGAGAGAAUACACGUCGAAUCAAAUACAAUUUACACAAAAGUCGCCGGGCGAGGAUAUUUGUAUCGUGGCGCAGGGUGGAUCGCCGGAUGAGUCACUGUUGCGAGAACCGCGCCGAGCGUCGUUCCUCUUUUUCCCGGACUUUAUCGUGGAGAUUACGAACGCUUAUCUGCAGUAGGCUGCAGCUACAAUGUGAAAUAUAUCUUGCGGCUUAUUUUUCGAAGUGCAUAGAUAUUAGAUACAAACGGAGAGAAACGUUAGGUGUAAUAUAAUACAGAGAAAAAAAAGAGAAAGAGAGAAUGGAGAGAGAGAAAGAACGUUGGUGAAAAAGCGCAAUCGCAUAGAUUCGUAAUCGAUGAGUUUAGGAUCCGGAUUUAAUAUACGUAUAUUGUAACGCGUUUCGAUGCUUGUAUUUUAAGGUACAAUUUAGAUGAAUCAUGUGAAUAUAUAGAACAAAAAGGGACAAAACGAAAAAAAAACAAAGAAAGAAUGUAAUCAUUGGACACAACUCUUAGCGGUAAUUGUGUUACUGGAUAGUAGUAAUCUGUUUUAUCGCGGUGCAAAAUGGAUUAAUUACGGGGAACUGCCAAGGCGCGCGUGUAAAACGAAAAAAGCGGUGGAUCGGAUUCUAUUUCAUAGAAUAUAACACGCCUAGGGCUUCUCUAGCCAGCAUCGAUUAGGCGAAACGGUCUCAAAAAGUCUCCAUUACUCCUUCGGGAAUCUGUCUCAUAUUUUUUUUCCUUUUUUUCUUUUUUUGUUUAACUCGGAUAACGAGACUCUCUCGGC